AUGACUACUGAAACUAUCAUCGUUCAUCCUCACAAUCCACCUGCUACUAGUGCUAGUCGCACCCUUUGUCGACUUCUGGUUCGCAAUGAAAUUGUUCGCGUUCAAAAACUUCUCGAGACAUUCCCUGAGCUUAUCAACAUCCGACAUCCCCUUGGGUGGGCUCCCAUCCAUACUGCUGUUCUGUGCUGCGAUACUACGCUGCUUAAGUUCAUUUUGAAUCUACCAAGAGUGGAUAUCGCUGUACAGGACGAAUCAAGCUUCAGCUCCAGCUCAUCCGCCGCUUAUCAACUAUGCCGUACGCAAGAGUUGUGUCCCACAAUUGGCGGGACCGAGUCUACCCAGGGUGCAACGGCCUUGCAUUUCGCGUGCAUGAGAGGCGAUAAGGAUGUCCUCAACUUAGUUCUCCAAAGGGGAGGUGCAUCUGCUUAUAAUGCUUUGGAUCACUCCCAGCGGACACCAUUGGACUAUUUUGACUUAGAUACAGUGGAUCUAGAGGCAUUGCUUGCGUAUCAGUCAGCAGAAAAGCAGUGGAAAAAGGACUGGAGAACCCUCGUCGCAAAAGACGUAUUUGUAUUCUGUAGUUCCAUACGACUGGGUGAUUACGACUACUGCAAAGAAUUGAUUGAAUGCUAUCCAGAUCUAGCAAUUAAGAUGUAUUCAGAAAUAAAGGAUAGUGUUUCUUCGAAGCUCAGAAGCAUUUUCAAACCGUCAUCCGUUGAGGUUUCUACCAUCGUUCCCGAUUAUCCUCUGCAUGGACCUGGAUCUUCGGCUCUACAUUACGCUUGCUUGGAAGCUAGAAUGGACAUUGCUGAGUUGUUAUUACGCAAUGGUGCGACAUGGACAGAGAAGGAUGAUUACAACAUUACUCCACAAAUGUAUGCGAACCUCCACGGGGAGAUCAUAGCUCAAAAGUUCAAAUCAUUGUGCGACGAAGAAGACAGACUACGGAAACAAAGGAUAGAGGAGGAAAGCCGAAAAAUGGAAUUGGGCGAAAAUAUCAGGGAAUCAGAGGUGCUUCAAGGCCAAAAAGCGGAAAUGGAUGGUCCAGCAACUCAGGAAGAGGACGCUCUCCAAUGGGCAGUAGACUUCGCAGAGCAGUUGGCUUUGGAAGUGGGGAAAAGGAAGGCUGACGAGGUCGAUGUGGAUAAAAUGGAGAAAGGAGAGCCGCGGAUAUCCAAAGCCGAAAAACGACAGAUGAAGGCCUUAGAAAAACAGAAAGAAAAGGAUAAGAAGAUGGAAAAAAGGGAACAAAAAAAGAAAGAGGAUGAAAGACGUCGAAGAAAUGUCUUAACAUCUUCUCAACUCGCAGUCGAGAUAGAGAGAAUAAUCGGUGCUGACAUCAUUGGCCAAAAGGGACCCAUCUCUUCGGUUGCGUCUGCUAUCCGCCUUCGAGAAAAUGGUUGGGUAGACCGAGAUCGUCCUCUAGUAAUGCUCUUUCUUGGAAGUUCUGGCAUUGGGAAAACAGAAGUUGCAAAGAGAGUUGCAAUGUAUCUACAUGGAAUCAAGGCGGAAAAAGAAGAUGAGAAAGUGGAUGAUGAACCAAGAUCACCUAUAAGCGAAGACGAUGACGGUGACGAGCAACAAAAGGCAUCGCUAACGGAUAUUGAAAAGUCUGGUACAUUUGUUCGCAUCGAUAUGUCCGAGUACCAACAUGACUACACAGUGUCUAACUUAACGGGUUCACCAAAAGGAUAUGUCGGAUAUGAUGAGGGUGGUGUUCUAACCGGAAAAUUGAAGGCCAACCCCCGAGCCAUUGUUCUAUUGGAUGAGAUCGAAAAGGCACACCCUAAUGUCUUGACUGUAUUCCUGCAACUGUUCGAUGAUGGUAGGAUCACUGAUCCCAAGCUCGGAACGAUCUUCUGUCCCAAUGCCGUCUUUAUAAUGACCUCUAAUCUUGGAUCUGAGGAGAUCCGGCUUGCGGCGCCGAAGCUCAAUUCUCUUAUUGCAAAUACAAUUGACGUGAACAAACAUGAGAAGUAUCACAAAGGAGUGACACAAUUUACCAAGGAACUUUACCCUUUGUUGAAGAGGUCUCUCAAAAGAGAUGAGUUCCUGGGACGCAUCAACCAGACUGUCGUCUUUUUACCGUUUACUGACGUCGAGCUUGGACACAUUGCAAAGGUAGAGUUAAAGAAGUGGCAGAAGAGAGCUCUGGAUCAACACGAUAUUCACGUCACCUGGUCACCGUCUGUCAUUGAAAGACUUAUUCAAGGAUAUGACGUGAACUACGGGGCACGGGGGACAUACCGAGAAGGUUAUCUCAGCUUUUUCUAUUUGCAGCAUAUCGUUAACGAAGAACCCAUCAGCUCACACGUCCGUAUGAUUGUCAAUGCCGCAGGUGAUAUGGAACUGGAGACCGUUGCAAAAGCAGAUGUGCCAUCAGCAUAA